AAUGCAACAUCAUUUUGCAACCCGGGGAAAUCAAAUGCGUUGUUUGUCAGUUAGAACUGGACGCUAGUUAAAGUAGUUAAUACUUACUUUAAAUGUCCCACUUCUUGAAUAAACUUAACUAAACCUAUGUGCGCAAGAUUUUAAAGUAGAAGUUAGAUUUCCACGUCACCGAGCUGCAGGUUAUACCAGGCGACUUCGUGACCUCUGCUUGGACAUGAGAGAGCAUGGGCAGCUACAGUGACCCCAGCAGUGACCUAGACGAGGAGUUGCCUGUGUUCGAUUUCCUCAGUCACGGUCGACACCUCAGCCAAACCUCAAAGAGCCAAGCAGAGAAGCCUGACUUGGUUGACCUGGAUGAUUCAGAAGAAGAAGACGCAGCCAUCGCCUCCUCAGUGAAGGAUAAUGCAGGCGGAUAUAAGAGAACGACUGAUGUAAUGAUGAUCAGCAGUGAUUCUGAUGACGAUGCACCUUAUGUCCCUCUGGCACAGAGACUCAAACAGAGACGAGACAAUGUGAUUAGUGCCUCCUCUGCUGUCACUAAUGGGAAAGAUGCUGAGCAGUAUUCGCCAUCCGAUCUGGCCCCCUUACAGCUCUCCCGCCAGAACAGGUUUCCAGAGUCGGAGCCCCCACGCAGCUUCUGUCAGGUGAAAACAGUGAGCCAGGGGACCUCUGAUGGGCCAGAGGAGGCAGCGGCUCUCCCUCAGCGACGGCUGCCUCCGAAGCCUUUCUCCACUGUGGGGAGCGCUGACACCUCUCCUGCCAAGAGGAAACCUGCCAAGAGGGCGGUGGAGGAGAUCCAGGCCUCCAGGGAGGAGGCUCUGAGGAGAAGGCAGGCCAGGGAGAGACAGCAGAGGGACAAGGAAGUACUCAGGCUGCAACAAGAGAGAGAGAAAGCAGAGAGGAAAGCUCUGGCAGAGGCUGCCAAGGCCCUGAGGCCUGAGGAGUGUAUCAGGCACAUGGUGGUGGCUGUGGACCCAGCUCUCUUACAGCUGGAGGGAGGUGGGACUCUGCUGGCGUCGGUGCAGGCGCUGGGUUGCAGUUGUGCCAUAGAGAAACAACCCCUCCCUCGCAGUGUCAGCUGGAUGAGGAGGGCUCCCUGUGCACAGCCAGAUGAUGGAGUGUGUGUACCAGAGGCCCAUGUUGUGAUGCAGAUGACAGUCGAUGACUUCAUCACUCUGAUCCACAGCUAUAUUCAGGAGGAGAGGCCCGGCAGGUCAGACUCUGGUCCCACUCUGACGUCGUGGGUGCAGCAGCAGCAGAGGCGUCACCCUGGAAAGAUCCUCAGCCUGGUGGUCGUCGACAUGGAGAAAUACUUCAGAUCCCAGAAGUCACAAAGCCAGAAGAGGUUUCGAGAGGCAGUCGCGAAUGAGGAGCGAGGAGGUGGAAAAGCGAGGAGGAGAGGGAGGAACGGUGGAGCUGAAGCUCUACCUGAGGUGUCACGAGUUGAAGUGGAGGAGGCAGUGGUGCAUCUCCAGCUUCACACCGGCGUCUCAGUUCGCUUCGUGUCAACUUGGAAGGACUUCUCAGAUCACAUCACCAUGACAACCAAAGCAAUUGCAGAGGCUCCUUUCAAGAGAGAGAGGGAGAGGACGGGCUUCUCCUUCCACCUGGAGAGUGAGUGGGCGGGGGGGCAGCGGGUGGAUAAAGCUGGUAAGGGCCUGCUGCAGGUCUGGAAGAGACAGAUCCAACAGUUGAACAGAGUCAGUCCAGACAUGGCCUCUGCUAUUCUGGCAGCUUACCCAUCACCACAGCUGCUGGAGAAGGCGUACAGACUGUGCAGGACUGACCGUGAGAAGAUCUCCCUGCUGUCUGACCUUCUGAUCCGCAGAGGAGAAGGCGUGACCUCCACGACUCGGCGGGUCGGCCCGGAGCUUUCCAAACGCCUCUUCCUCAUGAUGAACUCCUGCGAUCCUGAGCAGACGCUGGACUCCACCGUCUGACCUUUGAACUUUUCACACCUAUUGAUUGUUUCUCAUCUUGUUCCCAGCUGUUUGUGUUCACAGCAGUGAAUUUAAUUCUGUGCAGUUUUUUUAAUGUCGUGUAUAUAUUAAAGUUUUAUGAAAAUCA